AUGCCCGGCGAGUACAAGAAGAUCGCGCCCCUCGGCGAACGUGUCCUCAUCAAGGUCGCGGAAGCGGAGACGAAGACCGCGGGCGGGAUCCUCCUCGCGGAGUCCGCGCAGCGCAAGCCCACGAGCGGCGCGUCCUCCGUCGAUUCGCGCCUCGCCUCGAUUCGUUUCAACCCUAACCCCGAAACCACCCUCCAGUCGUCGCGCGACGUCACCGAGCUCGGCCCCGACUGCGUCGAGGUCAAGAAGGGCGACACCGUCCUCUACAACAAGUUUGGCAUCGGCUGCACGGACAUCGAGAUGGGCGGUUCGUCGUACGUCAUGAUCAACGAACGCGACCUCAUCGGCACGUUUCCCGGCGCGGGCGCCACCGCGGACGAUAUCCCGAAGCUGACGCCGCUCGGCGAUCGGAUUCUUCUGAAGACCGACGACGCGGAGACGACGACGGCGGGGGGGAUCAUGCUCACGGAGGGCGCGGUGGAGAAGCCGUGCACGGCGACCGUCCUCGCAACGGGGCCCGGGAAGAAGGCUGCGGAGAAGGGCGGCGAGGACGAGAAGGACGCCGCGGAGGCCAAGCCGAUCGCGAUCAAGAAGGGCGAGCGCGUGAUGUACUUCAAGUACGCGGGCGAUAAGAUGUACGACGGCGACGGGAAGGAGUACGUCGUGCUGCACGAGAACGACGUCCUCGCGGUCAUGUGA